CCACAAAAACAGUUUGGCGACGGGUUGAAUGGGAAAAGUUUUACAGUAUAAUUUUAAUUAUUAUAGUUCAAUAUGUUAGUUAACAUAUUCAAAAGUGGUUGUAGAAAACCGCUAAGUGAUUUGGGAUUACGACCGAUAGUGCUUUCUUUUCGACAUUAUGGGUUGAAUCAACAGUUUCGAAUUCAUUCGAAGGCCAUUAUCAGUACUGAAGAAAUGUAUAUACGAUUGAAUAGGUUUCGUAACUCGCUAACAAUUCAGCUGCGAAGGAAAUUCCAGUCCAGUGCCUCAGCACAAAUAAAAUCAACCGAUUCUUCUAGGAUACCGAAAGUAAGAAUGAAUUCUUCCGACGUAAAACGUCUGUUAGAGUUUGCGAAACCGGAACGGUGGAAUAUUGCAGGUGGAAUCAGCUGCUUGCUAAUAUCAUCCGCUAUAACAAUGUCCGUUCCUUUUGGGCUGGGUAAAAUACUUGACGUGAUUUAUUCAUCAUCUGCCGAAAGUGGACUAGCCAAAGAGAAAUUGGACCAGUUUUGUUUAUUGUUAGCAGGUAUUUUUCUGCUUGGAGGACUAGCUAAUUUUGGUCGAGUCUACCUUUUCGGCAAUUCGUCUCUCAGAAUAACAAAAAAUAUUCGGACGCAAGUGUACACUUCAAUGAUGAAUCAAGAAGCAGGUUGGUUUGACAAGAAAGGAACUGGAGAGCUGGUGAAUCGAUUAUCUGCAGAUACCUACCUCGUAGGAAAUUCACUAAGUAUGAACCUGUCCGAUGGGCUUCGCUCAACAGCCAUGAUCUUGGCUGGCGCAGGAAUGAUGAUCUACACCUCUCCGCACUUAGCACUGGUAGGAAUGUGCAUUGUGCCUUGUGUAGCUGGUAUGGCGAUCGUUUAUGGAAGGUAUGUACGGAAUAUUACGAAAGAGCUUCUGGAUAAAUACGCAGAAGUUAUGAAAGUUGGUGAGGAACGGUUAAGUAAUGUGAAAACUGUGAAGAUAUUUUGCAAGGAGAAAUUUGAGAUUGGCAUGUUUACAGAAAGCCUUUUGGAUGCACUGAAAAUUGGCUAUCGAGAGACUAGAGCAAGAGCAACAUUUUAUGGAAUGACUGGUUUAUCAGGGAACAUCAUAAUUCUGUCGGUGCUCUACUACGGUGGAACAAUGGUUAGCAAUAGUGAGAUGACGGUUGGUGCAUUAACUUCUUUUAUACUGUAUGCCGGCUAUACCGCUAUUUCGAUAGGAGGACUAAGUAGUUUCUAUACCGAACUGAAUAAAGGUGUUGGAUCUGCUUCAAGGUUAUGGGAAAUUUUAGAUCGGAAAUAUGCGAUUCCGGUUGAGGGUGGAUUAGAACUUCAAACUCCUCCAAUCGGUGAAAUAUUAUUCCAUAGUGUAAAAUUUAAUUAUCCUUCCCGACCGGAUGUUAAUGUGUUGAGUGAUUUAUCAUUGAGAAUAGAACCUGGAACCUCAACAGCUGUCGUAGGAAGAAGUGGUUCUGGCAAAUCAACUUUGGCUGCUUUGCUACUCAGGUUGUAUGACCCACAGUCCGGACAUAUACUCCUAGAUGGUUAUGAUCUGAGGAAGCUGAAUCCUACAUCUCUAAGACAUCACAUUGGAGCUGUAAAUCAGGAACCGGUACUUUUCAGUGGUUCGAUUCGAGAAAAUAUUCUGUAUGGACUAAAAUCUCAUGAACAAGUUUCUGAAGAUAGCUUCCAACGAAUUAUUAGAGAAGCUCAUGUAUACGAAUUUGCAAGGGAUUUUCCGGAUGGAUUGAACACAUUAGUUGGUCAACGAGGGAUCAUGCUUAGCGGAGGACAAAAACAACGAGUGGCGAUUGCCAGAGCAAUCAUAAGGAAUCCCAAAAUUUUGAUUUUGGAUGAGGCCACUAGUGCGCUGGAUGCUGUUUCUGAAGAGCUGAUUCAAAAUGCGUUAGAAAAUUUGGUCAAAAAUCGAACUGUAUUAACCAUUGCUCAUCGACUAAGUACAAUACGUAACGCGACUAAUAUAGCAGUGCUACAGGGCGGCAGGAUCGUCGAACAUGGAAACUAUAAUAACCUUCUUGCAUUGCCGAAUGGUAUUUUUAAGGAGUUAGUUCAGCGACAAACAUUUUCUAGUGCAUCGUGAAUGGGAAAAAUAUUCGUUUAUUCCUUGUUUUCAACGAAUAAUUUUUAUAAGAGCCCUCAGGCCAAUGAGAAUUUCAGUUUAUUCAUAGAUUUGUUUCAUAGGUAAGAUAAAUUAUUGUUUUAUAAUGACUGUGGAAUAACCAAUCAAGACAUGAUCAUCACAUAAGGUAUCAUUUGUAUUGAGGUUCUUAUAAAAAGAUUGGUUGUUGAAACGUGAUAUAAAAUUUUCAUUUGUAUUUACUCUGUAAUAUUAAGUAGGAAAAUGUAUAAAAAACGUUUAGGUGUGAGUAAAAAGAAUAGUCCAGAUUUGUUUUAGUUCUAUUACAGUUACCAUGGUAUCAACUAGCUCAAAAAUCUUCAUAAUUAAACUACUUCGCUCGAAUAUUUUUGCUUGAUUUGGUACCAAGGCUACAAUUUCAUAUUUAGUCAAAAAACUUUCAAUCUACGGGCAGUUUCAAAACAAACCAAAAAAUAAUUGUUAAAGUUGAAUUUGGAAGAAA